GGAUUGGCACCUUUGGGGGGCGGGGAGCAGGUACCCGCUCCCACUUCCGGUCCGAUCGCCUCGUCAGAAGUGGAAGGUGUCCUCCCUCCCUGUAGUCUUUUGGGACACGUGACAGGUCCCAGAAGACUACAGGACCAUUCAUGAAGAGCAAUGCUACUCGCGCAUGCGCAGUGGGUACCCGGCUGUGAAGCUGCAAGCUAUCACAGCCGGGUGCCCACACUGAAGAGGCCGGCCUCCUGGAAUACAGGACGACCGGUGAAACGAGCUGCAGGGGACACACCACGG